AUGCCUUCCAAGAAACCGUUCAAAGCCGUAAUUGUCGGCGGGAGCAUCGCCGGCCUGUCGCUAGCAAACAUGCUCCAGAAAAACGGCAUCGACUACGUCGUUCUCAAGGCUUAUCCCGACAUCAAAGCUGGAACGCUCACCUCUGUCUUCCGUGAGCACAAUUCGUACCUUGUAAUGGGCGGUUUGCACGACCGCGUCUUUUGGUUUCACUUUUUCAACAUUGGACAGCGAGUCUACAGCCCGAAUAUCCCCCGCUACACGAAGGACGACCAGACGAGGAGGUUGAAAGAGCAUGAAAACGACCCCAUCAUGCCAGGCCUCACUUUUGGCGAUCUUGUCAGAAACAGGGUCACGUCGAACAUGACGGCCCUGCCGGAAUACGCCUAUGAGAAGUGGAGUUAUGGUCGAAUCAUCACCAUCGGCGAUGCUGCGCAUAAAUUCGAACCGAUUACUGGCCAUGGGGGCAAUUCUGCCAUCGAGACUGCGGCUGUCCUCGUCAACAGCUUGGUCAUGGAACUCAAGUUGUCGUCGUGUGGCACUCUCACUGCUUCGCAGGUUAAAUCGAUAUUCGACGAGGUCCAACGUAUCCGCCUGGCGAGAGCGAGGAAGCUUAUUGCUCAGUCGCAUGAGCAGCAGCGCACAGAGGCUAUGGAGACACCGUUCAUAAGUUCUUUGCACUGA